AUGCUGCAACAGAGCUCGGACUCUAGUCACUUCCGGGUAGAUUAUGUUCUCCGCAGACAUCAAUAUGUGAUCUUUCAAGUAACACACACAGCCAGCCUUCGCGCAGCAUUAUCACAGUGUGAGUUACCUGCUGGCAAAUUUCGUCACACUAUAGGACCAGUUUUACGCAUAUCUGCCACCGACACAUUGCCUUUGACCCAAUGUAACCGGUUGGUCAAGAUAACUGUUCCUGAUAGACUGUUGACUAUACUUCCGUCCAACUCUUGGCACGCAGCUACAACAAACCAGAACAAUACUGUUCCCAGUCAUGAAAGAGCUUGUAGUAGACACUUCGAAAGUCACCCAAUCAUCCCAGGAUACAAAACUGAUAGGAAGCCCUCAUUUAGGCGCCCAACUGGGCCGUCGAUAAAUAAGGAAGCUUUGGAGAAUAAACCAAGAUUAAAUAAAAAUGAUGAAAAUCCCAGUGAACUAAAUUCUGCAAAGGACGAUGAUUUUGAUGUGACGAGUCUGAAGAGAUGCACUGAAAAGAAACAUUCUAAUGGACUUAUAUUUGAGAUAUAUCAUUGUCUAAACCAUGGUGUUCGCCCAGAUUCCCGUGGAACUAACAAUACCGAAGAACAAGAAUUUAACCGACAUAGUACGCCUGGUCAGGAAUCACCAAACAUUCACUCACUUAUAUGGGGUUCUACAGGCCAUAACACGUUUGUUCACUCCUCUCUUAAAAAUACAAACAAGAACACCUCAGUUAACGAACCGAAUGCCCUACCAAGGAAUUCGUCACAGGUGACGCGCAGCUCCGAACAACAUGACAGAAUGUCUGGAACCUCACUUUCGCUUUCCGUGCCGGCUGUUCAGCUGGAUCGAGGUCAAACAACUUCUAGGGAUGUGAGUGCCAUUCCCGAAGAAAAUUCUACACUUCCUUGUUCAUGCACCUCAAGUCAGCAACCUUGCCUGGCCGAUGGACGAAGUCCCCAGACAAACCGAAGUGAAACGUUUCAAGUAGGAAAACGGCAGCGGAUGGUGACUCUCGACAACCAAGCACGGAAACGAUCGAAAGAAAGCCGUAAUGAGCCAGUGAACACUGAGGGUGAUUAUUCACCAGAUCGUUGUGACGGUGAGUUAAGUAACGUACGUGGCCCAUCAGGACGUGAGUUAGAAUCAUCUGGAUGUAUGGACCUCAAGCACGCCCUUGUUCCCGGGAAUUCCACACAAAUUCAAGAAAAUCUCUUGGAUCCUAAAUCCCCAUACUUAAAGUCAUCGGAAAAGACUAAUUCAAGGGCUAUCGCUCUCCUUCCAGAAAUGUUACCCAAGCGGGUGAUUCGAAUAAGUGAGGUCAAACGUGGAAAUUCCAAAGAGCUUUCGGUUGAAGGGACUUUUGCCAGUGGUCGUGCUGGUCAUGAUGUAGCCACACAGUUGGUUGCCGCCAGGACAGAUCUUGUGCAAUUGGAUGCGGUUCACGAGGCUGGUAAGCAUGCCCCGGAUGAAGAGACAAUUAACAGGACACAAAUGCUCACACAAGAUCCAUAUUUGUUGACGGUCAGUUUAGAAGAGCAGGACAAUCCAUCAGAGUGUCCGACUGAGCGAGCAUUUCGCCCCGAAGUACGUCGAGUGAAGGAACCACAAAUGAGAAGAGCGCACAUAGAUAAGACAACUAGCAUAGCAACGCAAGUACUGCCUACCUAUCGCGCACGCAGCCUGGGUGUGCAAACUGCACGUGAACUAGAAAAUGGUAGAAAGACUACAAGUCGGUGUGUAACACCCAGUGUUUCGGAGGGCUCAGUGUGGAACACCUUGAUAAAGCAGGCGAGACAGACACGUGUCAAGACAGCGAGUUCGCAGACAAGGCGAAGCAAACCGAAAUCUCUCCAAACCUGGAACACUAGUCGUGUUGUGAGUUCUGCAGAAAGGAGCACACAGACUCAAUGCAGCAGUUUCUGUGCCACGGACAGUUGUACAACACCGAUCAGCAUAGUUACCAACGCAUAUCUGACCUCACCAGAUGAUGAUUUACAAGCAAGCCUCAAUCCUGCUAUCAUACCACAAUAUGUACAGCGAACAGAUUCAUGGUCUUAUUGGCCGCGAACGGCGAUUCGGCCACCAGAAACAAGAGCUCAUUUCAGUGAUAGCUGGGUUGUGGUUGGUUCAAACAGGCUGGAUGGAUCUGGUAACACGGAUCUGAAGAAUAGUCGUGUUGAACGGUCAAGUGAUCUACUUCGAAUGUUUGUAGCACCAUCAGGUGAAUCCACAUACUCGUCGUUACUUGGCAGCGAAGAGUACAGCAAUAAGUCUGGAUUGAUAUUAGCAGACGAUGUGACUUUCCGAAAUCCCAGUCCAUUGGAAAAAUACAAAACCCAGACUAGAACGAGCGAAAGUACACUGGACAAACGACAGUCACAUUAUUCUUCCUGGUCCACGGAAUCCGAAAGCCUACACGUGUGUAGUACAGAAAGUUUGACUGAUAUUAUCAAGUCGACCUGUGAGGGAAAGAUGCUACUCCAGGCCGAUGUUAUUGUAAGUCCCUUGAAAAAGGUCCACUCUGACCUAUCCGGAACACCUAAGGUGGCCGAACGACCUACAGAGCCAAAGUUCAUCUACACGUCCACUCGUGUUCAUGAACCUAUUGAGGUGAUGAUCAGAGAAACGGUUCACCAGCCGGUCAACUACGAAGACAAUGCCGCAGAUGUUGAAGACUCAAACGUAAGACUUUCUACCACAGAAAAAAUUCCGAUGAAGAAACUCUACUCGGAUGCCAGUGCUCAAACCGGAGGCGAUCCGCGAGGCAAGGAAGAAACACGUAAAUCCCGGGAUAGUCCGUUUUAUACUCCACCAACUAAACAAACCCUCCUUGAGAAAAUUUCACGUCCAACAUGCCACAACUCAAAUGAACGCAAAGACCGCUUGCAAUCAGUGCUUGUCCAAAGCGGCCGCCGAAGUGUACCUUCUAGAAGACCGUGCACUGCGAAAACUAUCGAACGGGAAAGGUCGGAAGCAAGGAAUUCUGCUCCACGGAGACCAAAUUUUGUCCGAAAGCUGUUCUCAUCAUUUCAGAGAGAGCCACUCUCUAUCAUGGCAACUCAAGUCAGUAGCGAUCCGUACAACAGCAAAGGUUCAAAGGCGUACACUUUGGAACAAGGUGGUGACCAAUCACAUUCUAGGCCAUUCCAAAGAGACCGCGCAAGGUCAUCUGAUAGAAUAACUACUACAAAUGCAAGCCCCUAUCAGAAUUCUUUGCUGACAGGACCCAAGCACAUGCAGCCGACUGUUAUAAUUUCCCCACCGAACCCACAUUCGCACUUCCAUGGAAGCACACCUAAAUCGAACAACAAAACGCAAAGCAUCGGUGGUUUAGAUAAAGAACAAUUUCAAGAGCUGAUGGAAAUGGUUGAAAACUACUUUUCAGUUUCAAAUCCAAGUGAGGAGCACGUACAAAUUUCCAACCCAAAAAAUACGCGGAAAUUAAGUCCUGAUCACAGAAAGCCAGACAAAAUGUUCAAGCGAUACCACUCAAAAUCGGGCGAAAAAGUAAACGUUCGCAAGAACGAAAAUCCAACAUUUUACCAACAGGUGCGACUCAUGGUUGCACAUCCAAGUGGUUCUGCGCCAAGUCGUGAAACAGGUGGUAGAAGGCCAACCAAAGCGAAUGAGAAAGAAACUGAAAUAAGUGAAACGGAAAAGCUGAAAGACCGAAGCACACAGGAAAUUGGUGGAUAUACCGUGUCACCCAAUAAGGGAAAGUAUUCUUUGAGCAAAUCGCCAUUGACUGAUAAGAACCUACUCAUUUCUAGGACCCACCUCUCGUCAGACCAUUGUCUCACCGAAGUAAGUGGUUUGGAAGACACCGAGUCCAGUGAACUAUAUUCGGUUGACCAAAGAAUUGAGGAGGCACUUCACGGGACAUUAGACCGCAUUUUAUUUGAAUCAGCUGACAAACUGGCAUCAGUUUUACCGACCGGACAGGAGAGCCGAGCGAUCAAAUUAAUAUCCAGACUGGAAUUUGUCGAUAACGAACAGUCACGCGUGGUAAAAAACGAUAGGAAGUCACCCGAAGUUAUUCGCUCUUACGAAAUUGUACACAAUCUGAAGCCAACUGCGAGCCGAAAGUGGAAUGUAGAAGAAGGAGUACCGGUGACCAGUAAAAGCCCAUUUUUUGUUGGUCCUGCUAAUCGUCACGGGCAGUUCUGCACACAACACAUGCCAAAAGAUUCCGCUGGGGAACAAACACUAUGGUGUUGUACACCUUGGAGGAAAUAA